AUGGGUAUCGGACCAGAACUACCGCCUCAUCUGCAGAAGAGGCGUGCCUCAAGCGACCACGGCAACAGCGACAGUAGCGACAGUAGUGAUGGGGAUCAGGGCGACAUCGGACCCAGCAUCGGGCCCAGCAUCGGACCCAGCAUACCGCCUCCACAGGAUGAACCUGUCAGCUUCGAAGAUUUUGCCCCCGCAUUGCCGCCAGAACUCCUUGAAGCCAGGCGGUUGGCUAGAGAAAAGGCACAACAGCCCAACAUCUCCAAACGGGUCCUCGGACCCACUCUGCCGCCCUCUGCAUCAGCUUCGUCGGGAUCUAAUCGUUAUGGCGACGACAGCGACAGCGACGAUGAAAUUGUUGGGCCAGUCUUACCCUCAAACGUGGAUCGAGAGGCCAUGUCCAGACAGAGCAAAAUCCAGGAGUUUGAAGAGCGUGCAGAGAGGAUGCGGAAAAAACUGGCUGGGAACGAUAAAGAGGCUGUAGCCAAGGACAACAAGCCAAUAAGAGAAGAAUGGAUGACGGUGCCUCCAGAGUCCAGACUCUUUGGGGACGAUCCGCUUAAGAUAACGGCAAGGACGUUUCAAAAGCGCGAAUUGAAGCCCCAAGACUCAUCGCUGUGGACUGAGACUCCAGCGGACCGUGAAAAAAGAUUGCGAGGAGAACCCAGAGAUGAAGGUGGAGACUCGGGCCGACACAAGAAAUCGAAGCAUCGUGAUGACGAUGAUGAGCCAGUCCGUCGCUCGCAAGUCGAUAUUGAGCGCGAGGAGCAGAUUCGAAAGUACAACGCCGAGCACAGAUCUCAGUCUCUAUUCGAGGUGCAUGCAUCCAAGUAUAUCAAAUCCAAAUCAUGGCAAAAGAACUCAGACGAUAACCCCUCAGCUCGACCUUUUGAUCGCGAAAAGGACGUCUUGGGAGGACGUCGCGUCGAUCACCGCCAGCGAGACGAGCUAGUCAAGCAGGCCCUGGAUUUGGGUUCCAAGUUCUCGAGAAGCAAGGGCGGAGCCUUCUCAUAG